AUGUGGGAAUUGGACUUCUCAAGGAACAAAACAGGUAGUGGGGCAUUGUCAGAGGUGUCACAUUUGUUAUGGGGAAGGUGGUACACUUUGAGAGAGCUUGAGGCAGCUACCAAUGGUUUGGCUGAUGAGAAUGUGAUUGGUGAAGGUGGGUAUGGCAUUGUGUAUUACAGCGUGUUGGCUGAUAACACAAAGAACAAGAGGGGCAAAACCAGGAGCCUUUGGGCACGGCAACAAGAAUGGGUCUUAGGCAAUGAAGGUGAAAGCCGCUGUCACAUUUAUCGCAAAGCAGAAGCUCCGAAGCCCGGUCACCCGACCCGCAAUUCUCACAGCACACAUCACUAUAAUCUUCCUUUGAUCGGAACCUCUUUCUGGAUUUGGGCUCCUCAGAAAUCGGCUUCGGAGCUAAAGUUCUUUUCCUUGAAACCAUUGUCGAGACCAUUGUUAAUGGGAAAUGGGGAUCGUGAAUCAAACAGUGAAAUCGAGGUCAACAGUUCUGGUUACAACUUCUAUUCAUUUUGGUUCUGGUCAGCUAGGUUCUGGGUGGUUUUCAGCUUACUAUUUAGUUGGUUUUCUUGUGAAAGUUCAUGGUUUGUGGUUCAUGCACUUUGGCUCAGAUUGCUUGCAGAUUUCGUUUGCCCUGGUUCACAGUCAGGUCCUUGGGCAGUUUCUAUUCUUGGUUCAGGCUUCCCUCUUGUACAAACCAAAAUCGUUGAUUUUUUCCGCAUUCAGAGGUCUUCACCAUCUGCAGAAAAGCUCAGCCCAGAUAGCCGAAAGAGACGAAGGCGAAAUUCUGGCUUGGUGAUGUCGAAAAAGAGUAGGAAGUUAUUGCCAUUCAAUCCUAGUAAGGAUUAUAUUAGAAGGUUGGAACAAAUGGCAUCACUGGCUACGGCGUUAACAGCAACUGAGACUCUGUUUGUUAACGAGCUCACUUAUGUCCCUGGCAUGGCACCGAGGUCAGCUAAUUGUGCUUCACUUGAGAGAGAAGGAAUGCAGGUCAUAUCAAAAGAAGAUGCAGAAACCUUGAAUCAGUGCAAGAAUAUGAUGGAACGAGGGGAAUGGCCACCGCUCAUGGUUUUGUUUGAUCCCCUAGAAGGAUUCACCGUGGAAGCAGAUAAAUUUAUAAGAGAUUUAACGAUAAUUACAGAAUACGUUGGAGAUGUUGAUUACCUGAAGAAUCGUGAAAACGAUGAUGGGGACAGCAUGAUGACUCUUCUCUCUGCUGCUGAUCCUUCAAAAAGUCUAGUCAUCUGCCCGGACAAACGAAGUAAUAUUGCUCGAUUUAUUAAUGGCAUCAACAAUCAUACACCGGAUGGGAAGAAGAAGCAGAACGUAAAAUGUGUGAGAUUUAAUGUCAAUGGCUCGUGUCGGGUGCUCUUGAUUGCAAGCAGAGGAAAGGGAGAGAGAUUGUAUUAUGACUACAAUGGAUAUGAGAACGAAUACCCAACAGAUUGUAUUAUGACUACAAUGGAUAUGACUACAAUGGAUAUGAGGUGUAAAUGGCUACGUGCUUUCAAUUAA